UUCCGUGUCGGCCUGGGUCUCAAUUGAAUUCUCUCUUCAGAAUCAAACCGUCGUUCCGUUUGCAUCUUUCUUCCUCCUGAACCCGAUAGCAUUAGGGUUUCAACUUCGCGUUGUUUGCCUCGAAAAAUUUUGGAAGAGUUCUCAUUGCAUCUCCGUCGAUCCAAGAAAGGAGUUGACCUAUGGGGAAAAGGAAGUCAAGAGCGAAGCCACCUCCAAAGAAGCGGAUGGAUAAACUCGACACUGUCUUUAGUUGCCCAUUCUGCAAUCAUGGCACUGGUGUUGAGUGCCGCAUAGAUAUGAAGAACUUAAUUGGGGAGGCUUCCUGCAGGAUUUGCCAAGAGAGCUUCAGCACCACUGUAACAGCUUUAACUGAGCCAAUUGACAUAUACAGUGAAUGGAUUGAUGAGUGUGAACGAGUCAACAACCUGGAGGACGAGGGUGCUUGAAAGCAGCAAACUUGAUACCCAGAAGCUGUUUCUACCGCUGGAUAUAUAGCUAAGCUCUAUUGAAGUUCCUAUGAGCCUGGAUUUCGCUCAAGUGUCAUUGUAGUUCUAAUGACAGUUCAUAAAAAUUUGUGAUAUGUAGCCAAUAUUAUAAUGGUUGACUGUAUUUGAACUCACCCCUGUUGAGUCUUCCCAAUGUUAUUCUAAGUAUUGUAUUGCAGGAAGCAGCUGUGUACUGCAUCGUGUUCUGCAUGAUGCAGUAAAGUUUGUGGGUAUAUAAACUUAUCUUCUGUCUGUA